GUGUCGUGGGAACCUUUGACCGUCUUCUAUAUAGCGCGUCUAAUGUUUGUUUUUCUUCUCUGUGUUGCAGGUACGUUACAGUAGGGCAAUGCACGGCCGAGGAUGCUGGGUGGAUGGAUGGAGUGUUGCCCGAGCACGGUGGAGACGCAGCGCCAUGUGUUCAAGGUCAAGAAGGUCAAGAAGGCGCGGCCGUGUCAGGUGUGUCACACGCCGGUGGUCAAGGUGGGCUCCUGCUGCCGAGUUUGCAAAUACCUGGUGCACAAGGCCUGCGAACCCAAGGUAAGCACUCUCACCCUCGUUCUCAGGUGUUGCUGUUACCUGAGUGUUGGUUUAGUGCGGCAGUGUUGAGUUUCUUGUUUUAUAUUUUUAUGUUUGUUUUUUUGGU